AUGACGAGUGCCUCAUUAUCGUUCCAGCUUCCGGUGCAACUGCGGCGGCCGUCCGCAGGUCCUGCAACGUUCCGGCUCCUGCUGGCGCUGCUGGUGUUUGCAAACGUUUGGUUCGCAGCCGUAGGUACGCAACGACACGUCUAUCGGGCCGGUGACGAAAUCGUGACCAUAACGCGCACAAAAGUCGAUCCGUCGGUGGCGUCGCCUGCUGCCUACUCGUACUAUACGUACACUGCCCCGAACCCACAACCCGAGGUCGUGUACUACACAAAUGCGCAGGGAGUUACGACCAGGCAGUACCAGACCACCUCCGGAACGGUGGUUGCCGGAAAUCGCCGCAUAGCCUACGAUGACGCAACUGCGACGGAAGGGCAAGGAUGCUUGCGUAGUCCAUGCGGUGUAGGUGCCACGUGUCAGGAGACGUCCGGUGGUCGUCCGGUUUGUUCCUGCCCCGCAGGUUCCAGUGGCAACCCGCUCGUCCAGUGCCGUCGGGCUGAGUGUCUCGAUCACACGGAAUGUCGGGGUGAUCAGGCCUGCCGCAACGGGAACUGCGUCAAUCCGUGCGCGGGUGUUUGCGGAAUCAAUGCCAACUGUGAGGUACGCAACCACGUGCCCGUAUGUAGCUGCCCCCGAGGACGAGUCGGAGAUCCUUUCAAUAGCUGUCGCCUGCAGGAUCCUGAGGAGCUGUGCCGCCCUAGUCCUUGCGGUUCUAAUACCAAAUGUGAAGUGACCAAUGGCGUCCCAACGUGUUCCUGCCUACCCGGUUACAUCGGAUCGCCACUAUCGGGUUGCCGGCAUGAGUGUGAAUCUGACGUCGAGUGCAGCGCCCAUCAGUACUGCAGCCAGUUUAAGUGCACAAACGGAUGCAAUCAGUGCGGUAAAGGUGCAACCUGUGCUCGUGUGACAAACCACCGAGCCGUUUGCGAGUGUCCCAAGGGUUACAUUGGCAGCCCAUUCACCGAGUGUCGACCAGAGUGCUUCGGUGAUCGCGAUUGUCCAGCUGGACGACCUGCGUGCAUUUACGGUAUCUGUAAAAACCCGUGUGAGGGUGCAUGUGGAGUUGAUGCUGAUUGCAACCUGCGUGGAUUGACGCCUGUGUGCAGCUGCCCACGGGACAUGACUGGUGAUCCCUUCAUCAGUUGCCGCCCGUUCACGAAGGAGGACCUUUGCAGUCCGAACCCGUGCGGAUCGAAUGCCGUCUGUACGCCAGGAUACGAUCGAAGCAACCAGGAACGGCCAGUAUGCACGUGUCCUCCUGGUUAUACUGGCAACGCGCUGACUAGCUGUGUUCGGGGUGAAUGCCAGAGCGAUGCGGAGUGUUCGGAUCAUAAGGCCUGUAUAUCCUAUCAGUGUGUCGAUCCUUGCAUCGGACAAUGCGGAGUUGGUGCCCAGUGCCAAGCAAAGCGUCAUCUAGCAGUAUGUACCUGCCCAGCCGGAACACAGGGUGAUGCACUGGUGUCGUGUCGCACUGCACGCAAUUACCCGGUGGCCCGAUACAACAAGAAGCGAAGUGCCGUCCCUUAAAUGCCUCAUCUAUUAACCACCUCGUCAUAUGCAUCUUGAAUCGAGAAACCAACCGACUGGUGUAUCUCGUGCAUUUGUGCCACUCCGGCUAGUCGUUAGGCAGCGGUAUGCGGCACGGAAGCCUCAUCCUUAACUUAUUGAAACACACCUUAAGUCUUCUUUUCGCUGUAUAGUCUAACAAAUCGAAAAUAGUACUAUCGAGCCGACUUUAGGCGAGCCGAGCGUAGCAGCAACGGGUGUAAUGAUGCAAUUAAAUCGAAACUAAUUGAAGCAAUUGUUCGCACCUGCAUUUUUACCCUUGCUUUAAUAUUGCCCCCCAGUUGGUUGCCAUUCUAAAAUACAAUCUAUACCAGUUCGACAUAAAAGCUAAUAAAU